UCCUAAAACCCUCGCUUCGCAGCGCCAAAACCCUCGCGCGUGUUCGAGCUUUGUAGCGGUAUUUACUAGGGUUUUCAUUCUAUCGCCCAAUGAUAUUCCCUUAUCCAUGGCGAUUUCAGGACUAACUUUCGCUUGCAGACCUCAUGUCACUCUAAGGCCCUCACUCGUUCACUGCAUACGCAAAGUUCGGCUCAGUUCCGUUGCCGUGGUCGAAGCUCAAGAUGCGGCUGACAGAGAUGUUAAUGGCAAAAUUCACAAUUCUGCGACUUCUCAGGGAACAGGCGAAUGGAACAGUGAUAUGCCUGGGAGGAAGAAAUUGAAUUCUAAGGACCUUGGAAUUAAGACUUCAAGAAUUCCGAAGCCUACAAGGAAAGUUCUCAAUGUUCUCAAAGAAAAAGGUUAUGAAGUUUACCUUGUAGGAGGUUGUGUACGGGAUCUAAUCUUAAAUAGAAUACCAAAGGACUUUGACAUACUUACUUCUGCUGAACUUGAAAAGGUGGUUGGGAUGUUUGCUUUCUGUAGCAUAGUCGGCAGACGAUUCCCUAUAUGUCAUGUUAAGAUUGGUGGUACCAUUGUGGAGGUUUCAAGUUUUAGUACCUCCAGGAAAAAGUUUACUGGGGAUGUAAAUCAUGAGCUGGUGAGACAUUUUGGCUGUGAUGACAAGGAUUUUGACCGAUGGAGGAAUUGUUUGCAGCGAGACUUUACUAUUAACGGGUUGAUGUUUGAUCCAUAUUCAAAAAAGGUGUAUGAUUACACAAGAGGCAUUGAAGAUAUAAGAAAAGCUAAAGUACGAACUAUGAUUCCUGCAAGUACUUCUUUUCAAGAGGAUUGUGCUCGCAUUCUACGUGCAAUAAGGAUUGCUGCCCGUUUGGGAUUUAGUUUAUCAAGGGAAACAGCUCAUUUUGUUAAAAGUCUCUCUCGCUCAGUAUUGAGACUGGAUAAGGCAAGGCUCAUGAUGGAAGUGAAUUACAUGCUAGCUUUUGGUUCUGCUGAAGCAUCUCUGAGAUUAUUGUGGAGAUUCGGGCUUCUUGAAUUGCUUCUACCAAAUCAGGCAGAAUAUUUUGUGCGCCAAGGCUUUGGGAGACGUGAUACGAGAUCUAACAUGCUUUUGGCUGUGUUUUCUAAUUUGGAUAAGCUCCUGGCACCUAACAGGCCAUGCCACAGUAGUCUAUGGGUCGGUAUUUUGGCUUUCCAUGAGGCACUGUCUGAUCAUCCUAGGGAUCCUUUAGUGGUGGCUGCAUUUAGCCUUGCUGUCCACAAUGGUGGGGAUAUGUCAGAAGCAAUAAACAUAACAAAAAGAAUCACCAGGCCACAUGAUAUCAGUUUUCCUGAAUUAUCAGAACCCAAGGAUCUCGAUUCGCCAGAACUUACAAACGAGGUUAUGCAUCUUGCAGAUUCUGUUAGGGAUGUGCUGUCUAAGAUGACAUAUAAAUGUUAUACCCUUCAAGCACAAAAUUCAGAUCUGGCAUUUAUGUCCCUGCCGUUGUAUUCAAGGACUUGUAGAAUUUUUGACUGUAUCCAAGAUGGUGUGGGAAAGGGAUUUGUAUCAAAGCGAGGUAGCAAGAUCAACUAUGACUUGUUAGCUUGGGGAAGCCUUGAGGAGGUCCGGCAUGUUUUUGCAAGAACCAUCUUUGACACGGUGUUCCCUCUAAGACUAACACAAACUGGGACAACGUAAUUGCUUGUCAGGAAAGGUAACAGCCAGAAUAUAAUAUUUCAUAGAAGGAAGGGAUUUUUUUGCCGAAGGCAUGCCUGUGGGGGGUUGUACGAGCCAGUUCGUUAUCAGUUUCGGCCAAAGGCAUACCUGCGGGUUUCCGUGGUUCAAUCCCAGUGGAAUUUGUCCCUGUUUGGUUUCGCACAAUUUAUCUGUCGGCUCUGCGGGUUGUGUUCGGCUGGAGGUGGUGUUUUUGAUUACCAAAAAUAUUAUAAAUUUGCUGUAAUAAGGAAAGGUAUGUAGUUACUUACAAGUGACACAUGCCUACAGACAGGAUGUUGGAUAGAAAAAUUAUUCUGAAUUUCUGUCGAUCAAAUCAUUAAACAAAGGUAGCUCUGCAAA